AUGCAGUCCUUUAGAAACACAAAGCACUGUGCCUCCUUUCUACCUGGCAACUCCCCUGCAUCUCCCAUCGGGCUUCGCAAUAGUAGAGUCACUUAUCUGCAGAACAUUCAGUAUGAUCAGCCUGUCUGUGGACUGGAAGACAGACAUAGCAAUUCAGCAGAAAACUUUGAUUCUGUACUAAUAGAUCAAAGUAUCAGCUCAUUAUCCUCCACUGCUGAUUUUCAUUACUAUGCUUCCACCCAUAAAUGGCCAGCAAACACAAGAGAAACUGGAACUAACACUGUUGACCUAUCAGUUUUGCAGCCCAAAUCCACUACUGUGCUAAAUGGAGAUGAUGUAGAACACAGGCUACUCUUUAAUGCUGACGACUCUGCAAGAUGUUUGUAUUCACCUUUAACUGUCCCUGUAGCACAAAAAUACUUUGCGUCUAAACUCGCAGAGAUGGAUGUUCAACUGACUACUUUACAGAAUAUUUCUGAAAACAUGGAACUUGAAUUUUACAACACCAGAUUGUUUGUGGAUACAGCUGAAAAGCUUAAUAAACAGCAACAUUAUGUGAACCAAAAAUGUCUGGGAACAGGAAUUUUAGCGAAGAAAAAAGGACUAAUGAGGUUCAAUUGCCUUAUCCUCUCAGAGAACCUCAUUCCCAUCAGGUUAACAAAGGAUUCUUUGCAACCUCAAAAGUUAAGAUAUAUUUACAAUAUUCUUAAUGACCUUGAAACAGACAGCAUGUUUCCAGCAUCAGAACUGGACCUACCUCAAAAACAAACAAGACAAGUGAAGCGAAUUUGUCACCUAUACCAAGGGUUUAGCAAAUCUAGGCACCAGAGAGAAGAAAUCAGAGAAUGGAUGAAAAGGAAAUAUAAACAAAGGCAAGCAGAAUAUCGCAGACAACUUGAUGAGAAAAGGAAGAAGGAACACCAUCCAUUCACCCCUACUGCAAAUGUCAGCUCUGAAGAUAUCAAAAUUAACAACAUCAUUAAAGGCGUGAAAGAUAAAAUGGUUUCGGCAGAACAUCAUAGUCAUCGAAAAAUGGAAGCAGUUAAACUAAUGAAGGAAAUUGUGUCUGAUGCAAUGCAACUUACGGCAUGCAGGCAGAAUCCAGUGACAACCAGAUCUAGGAGGUUUGUUCAGAGUCCAAAAAGAAGGGCAGCAAGAAGGUAA